AUGGGUGAGACACAAUUGAAACAUGGCAACUAUCACCACUACUACCGGUUUCGUGCCGAGGACACCAGAUCAAACAUACUGCGACAACACCUGCAAACACUUUGGAAUGGGAACAAGCUACAGCUGAAGCGCGAUCGCGUCAGCUUAGUGCAGAUGGCCGAUUUUGGCUGUAACUCCGGCGAGUUUACGGCAAAGGUACGUGACAUACUGGAACAGGUGAGCGGUGGAGUGCCGGUCCGUGCCGUUGGCGUCGACAUCGAUGACGAGCUGUGCCACCGAGCUAGUGCUGCCUUUCCGGAUAUCGAGUUCAUAAGCGGGAACCUGUUGAACAUUGCUUGCCAAGAAAUGCCUCCCAACGAUGAUCCAAUCGAACGAUAUAUGGUGAGCGCAUCGAUUGAUCAAUUCGAUGUAAUCUGCUGCUUUUCCGUGCUUAUGUACAUUCACCUGAACGGUGGAGAUGAAGGACUGCGCCGCGUAUUGGAUUACUUGUGCGGCAAAACCAAAUUGUUGAUACUGGAACUACAAAGCUGGAGCAAGUAUCGAGAUCAGGUUCGUCGCUUGAAACGAGGCGCCGAACAAAGUUACCCACUGUACGAAGGACUGCAGUGGAGGGGUAAUUCCGGUGUGCUGGAAAAUCACAUCACGAACUAUGUACUAUCGCGAGGAUUCGAAAUGGUGUCCGAGAGCGAUGAAAAAACUGAGUUUCAUAGGGGGUUGCUAUUUUUUCAGGCAAAAUAA